UCCUGUGCUGACACGUGCCUCUAACACCUCCCUUAUUACCGAUCACAAAAAUCUCAAAGUAAAGAUCGAUAAUCUCCUUUUUCUUUUGUUUUGAUUUAAUUAAUUCACUUAUUUGGGCUAAGGAUCCCAUUAAGAACUAGGGAUAAACGUGGUCUUAGCUCUGUAUAAAAUAUAAAGAAAGUAGUUGCCAGUUAUAAUAUAACUUUGGGUACAGAGACGUAUGUUACUUUAUGACUUCAUCUUAUAGUAUUCUUCGCCACCUUCUCAAGAACACCAAGACGUUCUCCGUGUAAUCCCGCGCAGAAAUUACAAAAAAGAAAUGGAGAUAACGAACGUGAUGGAAUACGAGAAAAUCGCAAAGGAGAAAUUACCAAAGUUGGUAUAUGAUUACUAUGCAUCUGGUGCAGAGGAUCAGUGGACUCUUCAGGAGAAUCGUAACGCCUUCUCCAGGAUUCUGUUUAGGCCUCGGAUUCUCAAAGAUGUAAGCGAGAUUGAUGUGAGCACAAGGGUUUUAGGGUUUAACAUUUCCAUGCCAAUCAUGGUUGCUCCUACGGCAAUGCAGAAAAUGGCUCACCCUGAUGGCGAGCUUGCAACCGCCAGAGCUACUUCCGCUGCUGGAACGAUCAUGACUUUAUCUACAUGUGCUACUUGUAGUGUUGAUGAAGUUGCUUCCACAGGACCUGGUAUUCGUUUCUUCCAACUCUACGUCUAUGAGGACAGAUACGUGGUUAGACAGCUUGCGAAACGAGCUGAAGAAGCUGGAUUCAAAGCGAUUGCUCUUACUGUAGAUACCCCUAGGUUCGGACGCAGAGAAGCCGACAUCAAAAACAGAUUCGCGCUUCCUCGAGAUCUAACUUUGAAGAACUUCGAAGGGUUGGAUCUUGGGGAAAUAGACAAGACCAAUGACUCAUGGCUAGCUUCUUAUGCUGCAAGUCAAGUUGAUCAAUCACUUAGCUGGAAGGAUAUAAAGUGGCUCCAAUCAAUCACAAGCUUGCCAAUACUUCUCAAGGGUGUUCUUACAGCUGAGGAUGCAAGGAUCGCGGUUGAAUAUGGAGCUGAAGGGAUUAUAGUUUCUAACCAUGGAGCUCGUCAGCUCGAUUAUGUCCCUCCAACUAUAAUGGCCCUUGAAGAGGUGGUUAAAGCCGUGCAGGGUCGGAUACCGGUGUUUCUUGACGGUGGGGUUCGCCGUGGAACAGAUAUAUUUAAAGCAUUGGCUCUUGGAGCUUCAGGUGUCUUUGUUGGGAGGCCAACCUUGUUCUCGCUUGCAGCGGACGGAGAGGCCGGAGUGAGGAAGAUGCUGCAAAUGCUAAGAGAUGAGCUCGAGCUGACAAUGGCACUAAGUGGGUGCAGUUCUCUGAGAGAGAUCAGUAGAAACCACAUCAAGACCGAUUGGGACUUUCCUCAUUACCUCCCGGCCAAGCUAUAGGGAAUCUUAUUGAUCACUUGGUUUAAUAAUCAUCGAGGAAAACAAAAGAAGAGAUGGAUGGUUGGAUAUAUGAAGUAAUAAUCUCAUCGAACUAAAAUAAAAAUUUACAUUUGAGUAAAAAGAAUUGCGUAUAUGAUAUUUGAAGUAAGUCUUUAAUUUCACACUCCAAUAUGUUGUACCAAUCAGAACUUUUUGGUUUUUCUUUCCAUCUUUCUAGCUCUAGUUUGGACGAGCUUUCUCCCAAUUGUGCCUGGUAAAUAGAAAGUGACGUGUGUGAGAAGCAAGAGUGUUAGAGACGUUCACCCUUUCUCUCAAUUGUGUCCGCAGUUUCUUCCACUGCGACUCAUCAAA